UCUCUAUGUUCUCUGAUCCCCGCUUCCCGACGCCACCAAAUGUCACCUGUCACCCAAACAACAAACUCAAAAAUUGUCUCUGCAGCCCCCACAACCACAAACCGCCGCACACUGAUGCCAAAACCCACCAAAAACCGUAAUUCCGCUGCACCUUUCACCACCACAACCUCCUAAUCCGCCCUAACCUCACCUAACCUAAAAUGUCGGUCGUAGUGGAAACCACCCUCGGCGACAUCACCGUGGACUUGUACAUCAAGCGCCGCCCCCGCGCCUGCCUCAACUUCCUCAAACUGUGCAAAAUGAAGUACUACAACUACAGCCUCUUCCACACAGUCACCAGAGGCUUCAUCGCGCAAACCGGCGACCCCACGGGCAGCCGCACCGGCGGCGAGUCCAUCUUCGGCGUCAUCGAAGGCCCCGUCAAGCGCUACUUCGAGCCCGAAAUCAACCCCAGAAUCAAGCACACCACAAUGGGUUUAAUCUCGUUUGUAGGGAACGAAGACAACAUGGUGGGGUCCCAGUUUUUUUUCACCCUCGGGAGCGACCUGACGUACUUGGAUGAAAAACAUUGCGUGUUUGGGGAGGUGGUGGAAGGAGUGGACGUGCUGGAGGUGAUCAAUGAAGCUAUCUGUGACACGGAUGACCGACCCUAUCAGGAUAUAAGAAUCACGCAUACGGUGGUUCUGGAUGACCCGCUGCCGGAUCCUGAGGGAUUGCGAGCCCCGUCGCGGUCGCCGUCACCGAGCGCGGAGCGGCUGAAAGGAGGCCGGAUCGCGCCGGAUGAAGAAAUUGACGAGACUGCGGGAAAAACGGCGGAGGAAGUGUGUGAGAUGAUUGCCGACAGGGAGGCUAAAGCCAGAGCUACGAUACUAGAGAUGGUGGGGGAUAUUCCCGACGCGGAAAUGGCGCCCCCCGAGAAUGUUCUAUUCGUUUGUAAAUUAAAUCCAGUGACGAACGACGACGACUUGGAGAUUAUUUUCAGCAGGUUUGGCAAAAUUAAGUCUUGCGAGGUGAUCAGGGAUAGAAAAACCGGGGACUCGUUACAGUACGCAUUCGUCGAGUUCGAGGACCAGAAAUCGUGCGAAGACGCCUAUUUUAAGAUGGAUAAUGUGUUGAUUGAUGAUAGACGGAUUCACGUGGAUUUCAGCCAAAGUGUGUCCAAAGUCAAGUGGCUGGGGAAGGGGCGCGGGGUGCGAAAUUACGGGGAAAAAGACGCCGAUUUGGGUAGAGGGGAGUACCACAAGAAUGGCGAACGAAAGAAAGUCGAGAAAAAAAAAGAACUCCGGAAGGAAUACAAACGGGAUAAAGACGACUACAGUAGAAGAAACAGGGAUAGAAGACAUGAAGAUCGUGAAAGAGACAGAUAUAGGGCAAACCUUGACAGACACCGCGACAGGAAAAGAGACAGAUCGAGGUCUCCUAAGUACAAAACAAGCGACUUAAAACGAAAGCAAGAACGAAGACAGAAAAAGCGCAACGUUUCACACUCCAGUGAGUCAGACAGAGAGAAAAAGUACAAAUCGCACAAGGAGAAGACGAAGAAGAGCAAAAGACGGAAGGAAGAAACGAGUUCGGAGAGCGAGCACGAGAAACGCAAAAAGAAGAAGUCGAAAAAAAGGAAAAAAUACAGUUCUGAUAGCUCGUAAUUUUCAAUCUUGACUGUCAAUUAUGUAAAUAAAGUUUAUUGCUUUUAAUCAAA